AUGUAUAACGAAUAUGGAUACAAAAGGCUAGCAAGAUACUUCUCAUCAUCUUUUGAACAAGAUACAGGUUUACCAUAUAAACAAGUGGACAGAUCUGCAGAAUCAGAUAUCGGGUGGGUAACAAGUGAUAUAAGAUUUAAAGAAGAACUAAAUUGGAACUCUUCUACAAGGGAUUCAUCGAAAAUUGAAGUUGGAUCAUUAAUAGACAGAUUGGGUAAUGGUUCUAUUGAACCUAACCCUGAUAAUAGGCUAAAUAACACUUUGAAAGAUGCUCCUAUAGCAGUAAUUCCAUGUGGAUUAUUAUAUCCGAGAGUAUUUAUAGGGAAUAUUCCACCAAAUAUAAGCUUUGAAGUACUGAAAAACUUGAUAUUAACAGCAAUAGAUGAUUGUAACAAUUCAUCUGGUUCUUUGAUUUCACUAAAUUAUCAAUCAAGUUAUAAGGAAUGGAGGACAGCAUAUGCUAGUUUAACAACUUGGAAUAAUGCUCAGAAAGUAAUCCAGCAUCUACAUCUUAGACGGCACUUUAAAAAUGUGCCAUAUCAUAGACUAGUUGCAUGUGUAGCUCCAUACCCUCCCCCAUCAGUUCUAUCAUCAAGUUUCGAAUCGGCAUACGAUCCUGGUGAGGCAGAGUCGAUUAUUUUGGAGUUUCAGGAAAUUAACAAGAAACUCUUAUUGCAUGAACCACGUGGUACCGAAAUAUGGCUUCCAUCAUAUAAUCGUAUUGAACGUAGUAGGAACUUUUGCAAUAUUUGGAAUUGCUUUAAAAGAGAUGAAAUAAAUAAAAUAAGUACUAAAUGGAUGCAAUACUAUAAAGAAAAUGGUACCUGUGAUUACUGGGAUUCGUUAUCAGGGCAUAUGCAGUCACAUAUGCCAAGUAGUUCAUCUAUGGAAGAUAAACUACACUUGCCUACUACAAUAACCUUGCUACGAGAUGGACCUGGUGGAGCAAAUUUAUUUAUAUAUGGGAUUCCGAAUGAUUGGACAGAAGUUACGUUGAUGCAACUAUGUCAGAAAUUUGGUCAUAUUGUUGGUAUCAGAUUACCUGCAGCAAAUGACAAUGAUAAGCUAAACCGCUGUUUUGGCUUUAUUAGCUAUGAUAAUAAACCGUCUACUUGGGCAGCAAUUAGGUCAAUAUCUGGUAUUAAGUUUCUUGGAAAACCUCUGAAGUUGCAACUAAAAGCAGGUGAAGAUUCUCUACUACCCCUUACAUUAAGACCAAUUGUUGAAGGCUCAGCUAGAAACAAAAGUGGUGGUUUCUACGAGUACUCUGGAAUUGGGGAAUCUAGAAACAGAAAUCAACAAUACAAAAAGUUCUCAUCUCCACAUAAUCAUUCCUCCCAAGUUUGCAAAAACUCUUACAAUAAUUCACGCAGUUUUUCAAAAAAUAAAGAAAGAGGUGAUCAGACUCAAUUAUCUAUUGGAUCUAAUCUUUAUCCUACUCAUCCACAAACAAGCAAAUAUAUGUCUUGCAAUACUCUAUCUACACCAUCUACAACUACAUCAUCUCAUAUUUUCGGUUCAUCAUCCGCACUGAUAUUUUCGGACUUUUUCGAUAUACAGUCAACACCAUCCACUCCAAGAGAGAAUAAUCAGCAUAAUGUCAGUUACUUUCCAGAUGAUUCAAAUAACUUAAAUAUUUUACUUAAAAAUAUUCUCUCACUGGAUAAUAUAGGCAACUGUAAACUUUAG